AUGGUGACCACGGCCGAACUCUCUGCUAAGCUCGAAGCGGCGCUGCAAGUGACGUACAUCCAGGUCGAAGACAACUCGGACGGCUGCGGCACCAAGUUCAGCGUCAUUGUCGUGAGCCCGCUCUUCCAGGGCAUGGGGCUGCUCCAGCGCCAGCGCGCCGUGAACGAAGCGCUCAAGGAAGAAAUGACCUCGAUCCACGCGCUCCAGAUGAAGACGUGGACACCGGCACAGUUUGAGCAAAAGAAGGCCCAGCAGUCGGGCGAGCACCCGCGCCGCCAACCGCGCACGCAGCGCGAAGGCCAAUGGCCGCCCAUCACGCCCAUGGCAGCUCCAUCUCCGCAGGAUCCAGCGCGCUGCAUGCCACUGGCUUCCGACGACGCGGCCGACUGUCCGCCCUUUGCUGCCCUUGACAGCAAGGUGGUCUCCGUCUUCCGCGAGCGCAUGCUGCUAGACGUCGUGGACGAAGCGUGGAUGCAAGACUGCCUCUCGGACGACGAGAUCGAGAUCCCGCUGGGCAUGGACCUCAACGCGGAAGAGAGCGGCGUUCCGCUCAUGGGUCCAGUGCUUCCCGGCUUCCGCACCGAGCGCACCGAGCGCUGGAACGACCUCGGCCUCGACUUGUUUGGGCGCGAGUCCUGA